GCCCGAGCAACCCGCCUGCCCCCGCUCCGCCGCCUCCUCUUCCCAAAAAUGAAGAGAAGGACAGAACCUGAAUUUAGCAGCCCCCAAAAGAAGCAGAAGAAGAGGAUAGAAGACUUGGGAUUAACCCUCAGUUCUACUUCAGAUGAUGAAACUCAAUUUAGUAAUCAUACUACUCAAGAGUCUUCCAGUAGCAGCAGUGGGUCUGACAGUGAGAGUGAUGAAAAAAGACCAGUCUUCAGCAAUGAGUUCAAACAAGACUCUCUUGUGGAGGGUACUUCAUCUCGCUACUCAAUGUAUAACAGCGUCUCUCAAAAGCUCAUGGCCAAGAUGGGCUUCCGGGAAGGAGAAGGUCUGGGAAAAUAUGGCCAAGGCAGGAAGGAUAUUGUUGAGGCCUCCAAUCAGAAGGGAAGGAGAGGCUUUGGGCUGACCCUCAAAGGAUUUGAUGGGGAGCUCAAUAUUGAUUGGCAGGAUGAGCCAGAGCCCAGUGCCUACGAGGAGGUGGACUGGUGUCUCGAGUGUACCACAGAAAUCCCUGACGCCCAGGAGCUGAAGGAGUGGAUGACUGUGGGGAAGAGGAAGAUGGUGAUUGAAGAUGAAACAGAGUUCUGUAGUGAAGAGCUUUUACGUAAUGUCCUGCAGUGCAAGAGUGUAUUUGAUGAGCUGGAUGGAGAAGAAAUGCGUCGAGCCCGAACAAGGUCUAACCCCUAUGAGAUGAUCCGUGGAGUUUUCUUCCUGAACAGGGCUGCAAUGAAGAUGGCAAAUAUGGACCAUGUCUUUGACUACAUGUUUACAAACCCUAAGGACUUCCAUGGGAGGCCUUUGAUAAAGGAGCGAGAUGCAGAGCUGCUCUAUUUUGCUGAUGUGUGUGCUGGUCCCGGAGGCUUCUCUGAGUACGUCUUGUGGAGAAGGAAGUGGCAUGCGAAAGGAUUUGGCAUGACCUUGAAAGGACCAAAUGAUUUUAAACUAGAGGACUUCUAUUCUGCUUCCAGUGAGCUCUUUGAACCUUAUUAUGGAGAGGGAGGGAUUGAUGGAGAUGGAGACAUCACUCGCCCAGAGAACAUUACUGCUUUCCGGAAUUUUGUUUUGGACAAUACUGAUCACAAGGGAGUGCAUUUCUUAAUGGCUGAUGGGGGUUUCUCGGUGGAGGGUCAGGAGAAUCUGCAAGAAAUCCUAAGCAAACAGCUCAUGCUUUGCCAGUUCCUUACGGCACUGUCCAUUGUCCGGACCGGAGGACAUUUUGUCUGCAAAACCUUUGACCUGUUUACUCCAUUCAGUGUGGGACUUGUUUAUCUGCUGUAUUGCUGCUUUGAGCGAGUGUGCAUCUUUAAACCUGUGACAAGCCGCCCUGCUAACUCGGAGAGGUAUGUGAUAUGCAAAGGAUUAAAGCUAGGGAUUGAUGACGUGCGGGACUAUCUCUUCAUGGUGAACAUCAGACUCAACCAGCUGCGCAACUCUGAUCUGGAUGUGAAUCUUGUUGUCCCAUUGAACGUGAUCAAAGGCGACCAGGAUUUCUACGAUUACAUUGUCCAGUCCAAUGAAAACCACUGCAAAGUUCAGAUAAAGGCACUAGCCAAAAUUCGUGCCUUUGUUCAAGACACGACACUGAUUGAGCCACGGCAGGCUGAAAUCCGAAAGGAGUGUCUCCAGCUAUGGGGGAUUCCUGAUCAGGCUCGUGUUGCUCCUUCAUCUUCAGAUCCCAAGUCCAAGUUCUUUGAGCUGAUCCAGGGCACGGACAUUGAUACCUUCAGUUACAAACCUACUCCUCUGAAUUCCAGUACACUGGAGAAAAUUCGCCAAGUGUUAGAUUACCGGUGUAUGGUGUCUGGAAGUGAGCAGAAGUUCCUCUUGGGGCUAGGGAAGUCGCAGAUCUAUACCUGGGAUGGUCGCCAGUCAGAUCGCUGGACAAAGCUGGAUUUGAAAACUGAGCUGCCACGAGAUACCCUUCUCUCUGUGGAGAUUGUUCAUGAGCUGAAAGGAGAGGGGAAAGCCCAGCGAAAAAUCAGUGCCAUCCACAUCCUUGAUGUCUUGGUGCUGAAUGGCAAUGAUGUUCGAAAGCAGCAUUUCAACCAGAGGAUUCAGCUGGCGGAGAAGUUUGUCAAAGCUGUUUCUAAACCUAGCCGGCCAGAUAUGAACCCCAUCCGAGUGAAGGAAGUGUACAGAUUGGAGGAAAUGGAGAAGAUUUUUGUGAGGUUAGAGAUGAAAAUCAUCAAGAGUUCGGGGGGAAUACCCCGGCUGUCCUACACUGGCCGAGAUGACCGGCACUUUGUGCCCACAGGACUCUACAUCGUACGGACUGUGAAUGAUCCCUGGACAAUGGCAUACAGCAAAAACUCCAAGAGGAAAUUCUUCUUCAACAAAAUGACCAAGAAAGCGACAUAUGACCUCCCUUCUGAAUCCAUCGCACCCUUUCACAUCUGCCAUUACAGCCGCCUCUUCUGGGAGUGGGGGGAAGGUGUCAAAGUGCACGACUCUCAGAAAAGGCAAGAUCCAGAGAAGCUAUCAAAGGAGGAUGUCCUGUCUUUCAUCCAAGCGCACUACCCCUAACCCUGCUCUCUUGAGGGGUGCAGGGGGGGCUGAGCCCAGCUUGGAUUCUUCAGGGACUGAUGAGACUGGGGAGGCUCCACAACUUCUAUCCUGGUCUUCUCCAGAGCUGAUUUCCUGGAGGUGAUUGAACCAGGGGGUGGUAUGCAGAAGGCACAGGACGAGGCUCUACCCUGGCAGUGUGUAUAAGAGUACGGCCCAGGUAGCGCCUGCUGCCGGAGUACCCGUGGUGACUCCUGGAGCCAAGGCCUAACGCCCUUUUGUCCUGACCAACUGCAUGCAUGACACCAAGGGGCUGGCAGCUUUCUUUGCUCCUGUUCAAACAUUCAGCGAGGUUUGUGGAGCUCCGUGUGUGCCAGAACUCUCCAGGCUUGUGCUUCCCUGGCAGUGUGGGAAGGAGCAGAGAUGUCUUGGUGGCAGAGCUGGGCAACAGCACACUGAAGCGGCCCUGCAUCAUUCCUGGCAGCUGUCUGUCUCCUCGGCCUUGUCAAAGGCCUGCGCUACCUAGUGGAGGAUGUUAACUUAUUGGGGAGUGCUAGCUUUGGGACGCAAGUAUGUAUUCUUGUUGGUGUCUCCAACACUUCUGCUUAUCAAGGCACUUGGCUGGCCACUGGCAAUUCCUAUGUGAUGGUAUCCUGUUGGACAGAGGCCAACACAGGUGAUGAGUAGCGUUCCUGGCACAGAUUUGACGUGCUCAGUGCCAGGGAUUUCUCAGACCUCUAGAAGCUGCUGUGACAAGGAUUUCCCCUCUCCGGGUCAGUGACUGAUCCUGAGCCAGCAGCCUGGGGUUAAUUUGUGAACAUGUCUGUGCCUCAUGGUACUUCUGAGACCAAGGUGCUUUGAUUCUUGGUACUCGACACUAUUACCCAAAUCUUCAGGGAGGAAAGCAGAUGUGGGAGGGAAGACACAGGAAUGUUGGGAUGCUGGAGGUCUUUGGAGGAAGUGAUGGGAACGUCUGACUUCAUUUAAAAAAAAACAAAACAGGGCUUCAGUGAAAAGGGAUCUUGACUUUGACCAUGUUGGUUAAUCAGAAGAAAUUCUGUCCCCUGACUGUGCCCACUGGAAAGGUUACCAGACUUUCCUUUUUAAAUGUCAGAGUGGGCUUUGAAACCUUCUAUGUCUCAUUUGGCCCUGGAACUGCAUCUGGGGUGAAGGCACAGAGCUGUGAACCUCUCAGCAUGGUAUUUGUGUGUCAACAGACUUCUCCAUGCACUUCUGUGCUGGGCUUAAAGUUGUCUUCUGCUGCAUGUUUUACCUUCACUUCUGGCUUCCAUGGCACUUUUGCCAGGUCUUCCACAUAAAUCAGAAGAUGACACACAGUUGACUGCUUUUGGCCAAGCAGCAAAA